AUGGCUUCACUUGUGCCUCUACCGCCAUUUGUGCCAGCCUCUGAAUCAUGGGACUCCUACCUCGCUUGGUUUGACUGCUACCUCCAAGCCAACAAGCUGACAGAAGUAUCACAGGAGCGGGGCCUAUUCCUCAGCCUCUGUGGGCCUGAGGUGUUUGAGACGGCCCGAGCAUUGGUUGCACCUGUAGCAGUCCAGGCAGCACCGUGGGACACGAUUCAAGAGAAGCUCCACAACCACUACGCGCCAAAGCCGUCCAAGAUUGUUGCCCGCCAUGCGUUCUACCACUGGAACCAGGCAGAGGGGGAGUUAACAACUACACCACCGCCUCCGACAGGCUGCAAUGCACUGCGAGUUCCGAGACUUAGACGAUGCCCUGAUGGAUCGAAUCGUCUGCGGGGUCCGGGACAUCCAUCUGCAACGGUGUCUCCUCGCCAAGCCAGACCUCACGCUGCAGAAAGCCAUUGAGGAGGCCGUGGCCUCAGAAGCUGCUAACCUCUCCACCCAGGAAAUCCGCACGGCCACCCUCUGGUACUGGCCCUCGGCGAUCCAGCAGGGUUUCAUUUAA